AUGCCGGCCGACCGGCUCCUCAACACGGUCUUGCAGCUGUACCAGAACGUCCACGAUGACCGCAAGACGGACCAGAUCAUCGGCUCGACAGUGAACCUCCUCGCGAAUCUCUCGAACCCGCUGAACCUUGGGGUUCUCACCUCGCAGCUGCUUAUCGCACCGGCCAUCUGGCACCGCCGCGAGGGCCUCCAGACGAGCCUGCGCAUCAUCUCCAUCUACAACAGCGCAGCGAUCCGGGUGCGCCAGAAUGGGCUGGACAAUGCCAAAAUCAAGAUCCCCAACGCUCCGCGGCAGGGCGGCGGGCUCAGCUGUGAUACGUGGGUCAGGGCCGUAGUCAAGGGCGCCGACGAACGCUCCAACCGGUGGCAACAUUUGCUGGUCCUGACGGGCAUCCUGAUGGGCAUGGAAGGCAACGAUAGAAAGUCGCUGUCGCGCGGUCUGAGGAAUACGCUUGAGGAGGCGGUCGUGACAGCCGCAAAUCUGGCGUUGGAGAGCCAGGAUGGGUCGUUUGCUUCGGCGUCGAUCGUGCUUGCGCUCAACUACGUCUUCCCGUUCCUCUCAGACCUCCACCAGAGCGCGAUCAAUUGCAAUGCGCUGCUGCCGAUUGCCGUUCUGGCUAUUACGGGAGAGGACGGCUUCCAGGACGGGCGGUUCUUGGAGGACAUCAGAAAAGAUGUCAGACAACACGGCCAGAUGGUCGAGUGGGCCCCGAAUACCUCCUCAUUUCAGCUGUUGCAGUCAAUCGAACGCAAACCGCUGAUGGGCGGGAUGGGGCCCUUGUCGAGGCUGACAGCCUUUGCCGUCACCAACGCGACGGACUCUGCCAUCGUCCUUGAGGCCCAGGACUGCCUCCUUGAGUUUUCGCAGAAACUGUUCCAGCAGUGGCAGCGCAAUCCGUUAUCAACAGUGGACGCCGCCGACGAAACGGCACGGCUGGAGCCCAACACGCUGGAGGCUACCUGGCCGGUCUUGUGGGGGACGCUAAAGAAGACGAUGUACGCUACGGUCGCUGUUAUGCAAGCCGUCAUCGGACGCAGCCUGCUCGACCCUCGCAUGAGGAACGACGUCACGGCUCCCCAGGUCGCCACCAAAUCAUUGCACACCCUACGAUUCUUGUUCUUCAUCUCGUCGAGGCACGGAGCCGGCGCGUUUCAAGCAUACACAUUCACCUAUCUCACAUCCCUUGACAUAUUGGCACGCUUUGGGGACGCGUGUGUGUCCUUCCUAGGCGAGACGAAGCCCCCUCAUGCGGGAGCAGUGCCUCCUAGCCCGCUAGACCGGACACUGGACCUUUUUUAUAUGAACGUGUCGGAGCACCUGCCCCUCAACAUGCCCACCGAGGCCUGUGACAGCCUCAUCGUCCGGCCAGCAACCGCCUAUCUCACUCACAUCGGCACAAUGACGGCAACCAUGGUUGAGCUGUUUGAGGCUGCUCACAGCGCCGUUCUUUCGGUAUUGUCUUGCCCACAUAACGGCCCCUUGACCGUCAGUCUCGUGCCGUUCUAUAUCGAUGCUCUUUUUGCAUCCUUCCCUUCACAGAUAUCAUCACGACAGUUCCGAGUGGCUUUCAAAACAGUCAUGCAGAUCGUUUCUCCGCCAUUCCCGAUCUCGCUCAUGGAACCGCAACUGUCCGAGACAUUGCUCGAGAUGGUGCGCUUCAAGGCCAUGGACGCGAGCACCACUCUCCUGCCUCAGACGCAAGACGUCAUCGCGCAAAGCGAGAAGGGCCUCACAACACAACAAGAGCCCCUCUCAGAGCAGAGCUCGCUCGUCCUGACGCUCAUCGACUCCUUGCCCUUCCUGCCGUUGCCGCUUGUGGAAGACUGGAUGACCCUGACGGCGCAAGCGAUGAACGAGAUUUCCGACCCCGUCAUGCGUCAGCCUGUUAAGGACCGCUUCUGGGAGGUGCUGGUCAGCGGCGAGAUGGAUGUCGAAAGGGCCACGAUUGGCGUCGCAUGGUGGACCACCAAGGGUGGGCGGGAGUUGGUCUUGGGGCGGGUUGUGCAGCAAGUCCCCAUGAUGAGUGGUGCGAUAAUGGACGAGAGCAAGUCGAGUCGGUUGUGA